AUGGCUCUCUGGUUUAUACUUCUGCUUACACUCUUUGCAGUUGGUGAAUCUCAAACCACAACAACCGCGUUUAACCAAACCGACCUGCAGACAGCCAUGUCCGACAUGAGAAGUCGGUCUUAUUAUGGAUUUGUCAUCCUCCUCAAAAUCUUCAACAGCCGGCCAAAUUCACUGCAAAACAAUGAUCUCACAUUCCUAAUGCCAAAUGAUGAAGAUUUAUCUCAUUUCUCAAUAACCCCUGACGAACUCCAUGAUUUCUUACUUAGCCACUCUAUUCCAACACCAUUGCUGCUCAAUCAUCUAAUGCACUUUCCAAAUGGCUCUGUAGUUCCCUCUGGCCUUCCAAGCAAGGUGAUCAGCAUCACCAACAGUGGCAGAGCAGGUUUGUUUGUUAACAAUGCAAGGAUUGUUACACCAAAUGUGUGCCAAAACUCUCAAAUAAGGUGCCAUGGAAUCAGUGCUGCUUUGACAUUUGAGAAUGGUACUCCUUUUCACCAUUUUCCAGAACCUAGGAAUUCAUCAAAGAGCAGCAAUGGCUCGAGUUCAACCCCAUCUGUUAAGAAAAUGAGCAUGCCACAUUUCAAGUGA